CUGGCACCGCAGGCAAUGCACAUAUAUACAUGCAUGCAGUAUAUACAUGUACAGUAUAUAGGCUGCUCCUCCUCCAUCUGUACAUUUCUGGGCUUGCUUCAUUAAUAAAUCAUUACAGACAUGAAUAGAAGGGAGGGGGCUGCCAUCCAGCAAUGCAUACAGAUCAGGAGACACAAGCAGCAGAUAGGUAUAUAUCUCAUUGACACCUAUAGAUAUGUGAAGGAGGAGGAUGUCUUGCUAGAGACAGCUGGAGACGCACAGAUAUAGAGACAGACAUCAAUCUGUGAUCACACAGAGACAGCUGAGGAGGAGGAGGAGGAGGAGAGGGAGGCGCCUGUGUGCUCAGCUCUGUGCACUGCUCUCCAUGCAGAGGACACUGGCAGCACUGGCCACUGGCUGCAUCACACUGCACUGCACUGCACCCCUGUGCCAGGGCACUUCCUGCACACAGUAUCCUGCCAGAGGCACACUGCCUUCCACCGCUGGGCACAGCACUGUUACAGCACAGCACCUCGCCCUGGCACUUCUUGGCACAGCAUGAAGGUGCAGGGUCCUUUGCUCUAGAGACCUAAAGCUGUUGUCUAGUGUCUAAGGUCACCCAACCCUCCCCCCCUCCUCACCCUCCAGGACACUGGACAACUCCAUUCCUCUGAGGACUUGGUGGUGGUAAAACGUCUUCUCCUGCUUGAUGGUGAGCUCAUGGAUAGGAGGUGGUGGCACUAGCAGUGAUAUGACAGCAGAUCAGUGAGUGCCAGGCACCGAGCAAAAGGAUGGCGUCUCAUGGGAAGCCAAGGAAGGACAGAACCGCGGACUACGAAAGUCAGUUUAAAGAGAUCCGCAGCCAGCUGAUUGAGCAAGGUAAAUGCAUAGAUUCUCAGGUGGAGCACCGACAACAGCUGCUGCAAGAAUUGAGUGAAUUCCUUCGCAGGAAGGCAGAGAUCAAUCUGGAAUAUUCCCGCAGUCUUGAAAAGCUGUGUGACCGUUUCUCCUCCAAAAUCCGCAACUCAAAGGACCAUCAGAGGAAGGAGCAACCCCUUAUGUCUCCGGUCAAUUGCUGGUACCUGAUCCUAAACCACACACGUCAAGAAAGCCGGGAUUAUGCCGCCCUCAGUGACGUGUACAGCUCACAUCUCAUUCCGAGGCUCGCACAUACAGGGGAGGACCUCGUCCGCCUCACAAAGAAGAGUAAAGACAUUGGCGCUCAGCAGCAGGAGGAUCUGAUGAAGCUGGUGUUGGAGUUGCAAGGCGCCAUGAAGACAUACCAGCUGUAUCACAAUGACUGUCUAAACUCUGAGCACAAACUGCGGGAGGCAGAGAAGCAGGACGAAAAGCGCACUGGCAAAGUAAGCGAGCAGACCGCAAGCUCCCCGGUGGCUGAGAGGGGGCCUAGACGUAGCUCACUGAAGAAGAGCGAGAGGCUGGUUGAGAAGAGAUUAAAAAAGUAUCUUGAGAACAGUCAAAAAUGCACAAAGGCCCGAAAUGAAUAUCUUAUCAACUUGAACACAGUGAACACCAACCUCAAUAACUACUUUAUUAAUGACAUCAGCGACCUCAUCGAUUGUUGCGAUCUUGGCUUUCAUCUGUCUCUGGGGAAGACGUUGCGAGUGUUCCUGCAGGCUGAGGAACGAGUCCAAGCCUCUCGACAGCAAGGUCUUCAGGCUAUUGAAGGGGCAGUUGAUAACUUAGAUGCACAGGCAGACAAAAACAAGAUGAUGGAGAUGCGGGGUGAUGCCUUCUGUCCUCCUGCUCGAUUUGAAUUCCAGCCCCAUGAGGGUGAUGAGGUGUUGGAGGUCCGAUCUGAGCCACUUUUUCACCAGGAACUAAUCACCAGAUUUCAACAUAUUCAGUCCAGGCUGGAAAGGGAGCAUCUAGAAACUGAAGAGGUGAACAAGACUCUUAAAGCUACUCUCCAGUCCCUACUAGACCUCAUUGGAUCUGAUGACUUUGACUUGUCCGACGCAUUUCAGUCCAGCCAGUCGACCGAGUCCUUAAAAUCCACAGGAUCAGACACCAGCAGUAAGACAAGCACAGCCAAGAGACGGGCAAACCAGCAAGACACGGAGACCUUCCAUGUUACAAAAUUGCAGAAGUAUCUAGCAGGGAGAAGCACUAUAUGUAAAUUACAAGCAAAGCGAGACCGCCUGAAGGAGGCCAUAGAUAAAGCUGCUGAGUCACACAGUAACAUCUCUGGGCUGCAGUCCAACAACAGUAAAUCCCAAAGGGCGAGAAGGCAGAGACCGUCCUCCCAGUAUAGCCACAAACUGUUUAACGGGAAUUUGGAGGAAUUUGUGCAGAGUUCGGGAGAAGCCAUUCCACGGGUAGUGUCCAGCUGUAUCCGUUUCAUAAACUUGCACGGUCUACAGCACGAGGGUAUAUUCCGUGUUCCAGGUUCACAGGUCCAAGUGAAUGAGAUUCGCAGUGCCUUUGAAAGAGGGGAUGACCCAUUGGACUCCAGCUACACAGGGAAUGACGUGGAUUCGGUGGCUGGGGUGCUGAAGCUAUACUUCCGAGGACUGGAAAAGCCACUAUUUCCAAAUGACAUGUUUAGUGAAUUGCUGUCCUCUCUCCAACUGGAGUUCCAGGAUAGGGUCCCACACUUGAAGAAGUUGGUGGCACAGCUCCCCCCUACAGUCACCCUUGUCCUAAGAUACCUCUUUGCCUUCUUGAACCAUUUGUCCCAGUACAGUGAUGAGAACAUGAUGGAUCCAUAUAAUUUGGCAGUCUGUUUUGGUCCAACAUUGGUUUCCAUCCCUGAAGGACAGGACCCGGUAUCUGUUCAGGCUCAUGUUAAUGAAGUUGUGAAGACUAUUAUCAUUUACCAAGAACGUAUUUUCCCUGGGCCUACAGAACUGGAGGGCCCUGUGUAUGAGAAGUGCAUGACCGUGGAGGAGGAUGAAGAGUACUGUGAUACAUUGGCCCUGGAGGCCACCAUAGAAGAAAGUGAUCAAGAGAUGCAGCAGGAAAUGGCUGCCAGCGAGGAUGAGUUGGACACAGUGGAGGCUUUUGCAAAGUUUGACUACUCAGCUCGAACACCACAGGAGCUGUCAUUCAAAAAGGGUGACACAAUUGUGCUGCACAACAAGGCCUCUGGUGACUGGUGGAGAGGAGAAACAGCAGGGGUGCGAGGUCUAGUCCCACACAAAUAUCUCAACAUUCCUGAGAGCUCAGAGAAAAAGCUGGAGCAACGUGCUCUCAAGAAGGAAGGAGAGGCGAGCACAGCCAUCACCCCUGAGGAUAUUCUGGUUGAACCUAGCAGGUUACGAGUAAAUUCUGAUAGCGCAUGCUCCCCUAGAAAACGCAGUGAGGGAAGUCCUAUCAGAAAGAUCAACCCAUUCAUAGAGGCAUCCAGAAUUCCUUUCCCCAUGGUUCACCCUAGUCCAAGGUUGCUAGGUCACAUUGAAAGAAUACCAGGAGACAGAAGGAACCAAAUGGAUGGUAUGCCUAAGGGGACAUCGGCAUUGAAAAGCUGGCAAAGUGACCGGCCAGUCAUAGAAGUAGAUAAGGACGUGACAAAAAACAUGGACAGUGUUUUCAAAGAGCUAUUGGGUAAAACGGCGCUGAAACACUGUGUCCCGGAGGAAGUGACUGAACCCACCAAAGCAGGGAAACUCCGGGAGACUAAACCGAAUGCACCAAGUGCAUGUGACCCAGUACGUGGGAGUCCGGCGGCCAAAAAGGGACCUCAAGGAAGAGUAUUUAGAAGAUGAAUUGUAACUUUUGGGGACAAAAAAAAAAAGGAAAGGAGAAUCCAUUCAUUUCCACAAGCCUCCAUCGGCAUGGGCACAAAUCAGUAUUGGAGCUCUGGACAAUAGAGGGAUGAAGGACGUGUGUGAAUAUUAACCCUACAAGCUCUCUUGCAUUCGUUUCUGUGUAUCAGUCUAUGUUACUGCCAUAAACAAAAGCACAGUUGUGUGAAGCUAAAUGGAGCUUCUCGCCUCCUCCUCUCCCCAAAAGAACCAGCAUGGGCCACUGUCCAACCAAUGGGGAAGCACUGGGGGUAGAAGAUACCUACAUAUAUAGACUGCGUGCUAGCUGCUGAAAGCAGCAGUGGCACCUACCCAAGUCCACAACAUUCAUUUUUAUCCUACUGGCAUUUAGGCCUCCUGGCAUCUAGACCAGGGUCCUAAUCUGCUGAAUGAUACCAGCAGGGUGGCACAAGCACAGCCCGUAAGACCACUAAAGAUCCCCGAUCCAUUCUAGUGAUCAUUCUAAUCAGCCAGCAUAAGAUUCCACAUGUGACUUAAGUGAACAAGCUAGAAGUCUUUCAAUUACUUGCAGGACAAUGGAGAGUCCGUAGACUUUUCAGUAAUUUACGCACAGUAGGAGUUUAGUCGCUUGAUACAACUGCACAGGCACCGACGACCGGAUUCCAAAUCUAGAAGAUUUGAACGUAUGUCACUAGGUGGCGCCAAAGGCAUCAUUUUACAUUUUCUCUUCUUGCCGUUCUUUUGCAGUUGGGUCCAAUAUAUUCAAUAACACCAUAGUCAUGUGUAAAGACUGCAAACAUUCAACUGCUUAAUGGUGAGGAGAUGGUGGUUUCCUCUGUUGGAAGAAAACCGCAAAAAUUAAGUAGGGACUGUUUAGCGGGACCCU